CUCGAAAAUGCCAGCUUUUACUCUUUAUGGCGCUCGCGGUUCGACCAACACCGAUCGUGUCCGCCUGACUCUUGCCGAAGGUGGCUUCACGGAUUACGAGCUCGUGCUUUUCAAUCUGUAUAAAGGGGAACAGAAGUCCGAAGAGAACAUGAAACGUCACCCAUGGGGUAAAAUACCCGUCAUCACUUUCCCCGAGGGGUUCACUCUUUACGAGAGUCGCGCAAUCUGCACAUACCUAGCGAGGAAAUAUUCCUUUCCGCUUCUACCCACGGACUCCGACAUCGAAGCUACUGCGCUGUUUGACCAAGCGCAGUCCGUAGAGAUGCAAUACUUCGCCGACCCUGCGGGUAAAAUCGCAUUUGAGAAAUUCGUCAAAAAGUUCAUGGGGCUGCCUCCCAACGAGGCCGCCGUCUCAGAUGCAUUGAAGUCGAUCGAGAGUUAUUUCGACGUGGCAGAACGUCAGUUACAACACAACGACUACAUGGCUGGAAAGGACUUUACUCUCGCGGACAUCUACUACAUUCCGUUGAUCCAAAGACUUUUCGCGUGUGGGUACGGAGACGUUAUUCUCAGUCGCAAGGCUGUGGGUGCUUGGUGGGACCGCUGCAUGAAUAGGCCAGCUAUACAGAAGAUGGUGGCCGCUGACAAGGAGGCGAUGGCUGCGGCUAUGGCUGCUCGUAAAUAGGAUAGAAAUCGAUCUGAAAAAGAACAGUUUCUUUGGCUGAAUCCAAGUCUUGCACACGGUUUUCAUGCGCUGCGGCGACCAUAUCCGUGCGCGAAGUAGGCAAGACUGCUUAUGGGGAUAAUAGACGAUAGGGUGCCGGAUCUGGUUAUAGUGUGAGGAGCUGAGUGACGAAUGCGGUUACAAGGUUUACGCCAAGUGAUUGUUCUCGGGACUGUGCCUCACAGCCUAUCGUAGACACGGGGUACAGGUUCUCAACAUGGUACAUACUAGCUCUCCGGACAUUGUGAGAUUCGCCAAGUUACAACAAACUCAGCUCUACGUUCCUAAUGAAUCAAUUGUUCGUAUCUUGGUAGACGAUUAUAUGUGGCUUGUUAGGCGCUGUCGUUAGACUGCUUGUUAUUGAUUCCCAGAAAAUUUAAGUAUAGAAGCGAGAGCUCUGCACUUCGCUAACACUCUGGUAAAUCAUCU